GAGUUGUGUAGUUGUGGAGUGGAGUUGUGGAGUAUGUAUGUGGAGUUGUGUAGUUGUGGAGUGGAGCUGUGGAGUAUGUAUGUGGAGUUGUGGAGUACCUAAUACCUAUAUCACGCAGUGUGUAUUACCUACUCCACUCCACAUGGGAUUGUGGGGUGUUCGAACUUUUUCGGACUCCGGAGUGCAGCGUGAUGUUUUUGUUUUUGUUGUUUUUGUUUCCGGUGGUGGACACUGGUGGGACGAUCGAUUGCUUCACGGAGCGUCAUGAUGCAGCAGAACCUGCAUGCAUGUGCCUGAAGGAUGUUUCUCUUGGAUCCCCAGCCAUCAACACAGCUUCUAUGCAUAGAGAAAACCGCCACGCCACGAGGAGGAGGAGGCGGGGACAACUUGCGCGCGUGGUCUUGAUACAUACACGCCUGGGUACUUUGGUAAGCACCUGGUGGAAGAGUCCUCGCCCUCACGAUCGAUACCCUAGAUAUUCAUCAGAGGACGUACCUAUCAUAUGUAGUUAGAGCACGGUGGGUAUGGAUGUCAUCCAGCUAAUCUCAUCGGUUACUAGCGUUCGAGCGAUUGCACACAAGCACUUGCCCAGCCUGGAAGACCAAGCAAUUGCAAGUUCCAACGGUCGCGCUGCUCCACUCCACUAGUUGCAUCGUCAGGGUGUGGCAACUAGACUAGUUGGCUGACUAGCGGCUUUCUUAUCGGAACCGUGUAUUUGGGAGGAGCCUGGAGGAGGGAAGGGAAGGAAGAAAUAAGGAGAGGUGAUGAUGAUGGUG